AGGCUUCGCUAGUUUCCUCAACCAAACACUCAACUGAUAUUGUGUGAUAAAAACUGGAAGUCAGCCGGUGGACGAGGGGCUCUUUAUUCACAAAAACACGCGACCCGAGCGGCCCACUUCGUUUUAAACAAACUCGGUCGCUGCUGCGCUGAAACUUGUCUCACUGGCGAAGAGGACGGUGAAAAUUGCUGCUUUGUAAACCCACCAAAGGCUGGUUUUUAUUUCGCUCUGGCUGUCGAAAGGCGGGGAAUACAAAGCGACGUGUGGUGAAAUCCAUUAAAUUUUGGACUCCUUGAGGCAGAAACGGGAUUACUUCAAAGCCAGUUCGUGCUGCUGUGACUGGUCAGCGAUAGUACAUGGAUUAUCUGUGUUUCCGGGCACUGUGCUGUAAAGGACCCCCGCCACCAAGACCGGAGUACGAUGUGGUGUGCAUUGGCCUGACAGGUGCUGGAAAGACCAGCCUGCUCUCACGCCUCUGUAGUGAGGGCAGCGACGGCAUCGUUCCCACAACAGGUUUCAGCAUCAAAGCAGUGCCAUUUCCAAAUGCCAUCUUGAAUGUAAAAGAACUUGGAGGUGCUGACAACAUCAAGAAAUAUUGGAGUCGUUACUACCAAGGGUCACAGGGUGUAGUCUUUGUAUUGGACAGCGCGUCAUCAGAUGAGGACCUCGAGGCAGCACGGAACGAGCUCCACUCAGCCCUGCAGCACCCACAGCUCUGCACGCUGCCUUUCCUUAUCCUUGCCAACCACCAGGACAAGCCUGCUGCAAGGACGCCAAACCAGAUCAAGAAGUACUUUGAGCUGGAGCCGCUGGCCCGAGGGAAGCGCUGGAUCUUGGAUGGCAGCACCACUGACAACAUGGAGGCAGUGAAGGAGAGCUUUGGUCAGUUCAUUAGCCUGUUGGAGGACAAAGAUACAGAGCCUGCAAGGAUAUGAUGCUAAUGCUGCUAAUGCAGAGACAUUAGCCGACGACGACAAAGAAACACCACAUCCUGCUGGUGCCCAUGAUCACACACUCAUGCACAGACACAAACAUGUACACACAAAGAAAACACAGCAGAUGUCGUUCUCUCUCUUCGAGAUGUGUAUUGUAUGUUAUCCUCCCUUCACUGCGGUCUCAUUUUUCAAAUUUGGAAGAGCGUGCACAAGCAGCUGUCAGCCACUACAACCUGACAGAGGAGAGCUGCCAUUAAACCCACCCAAUGUAAAGCAGUUUGUCAAGAAAAAUCAUUGAACUUUGGAAAUGGAAAUCUUGUUUACUACUGUCUGUGCCAUUGUGAUUAAACCAGUGGCAUUUGGGACGUAUGGCAUUCCUUUAGUCAUCAUUGGACAACACACACAUUCUCACUCCUACACACACACACACACACACACACACACACACACUGUCACACACAAAGAGGAGCCCAGGUUGUGUGUAGAUAUGUUUAACAUCUCCACUAAUUACUUUACAGGAUGUUUGGGUGGGCACGGUUGAUAUUCUUUCCACUGAGAAGUACUGUAUGGCUGUCAAGUGUACUUCUCCUUUUGACUCAGUAACAACGGAUGUCGUUGUGUGAUCGGAGUGCAUAGUCCAAAACCUUGUGUUAUGUACGGUAGUUACAUAUCGGUGUGUCACACCGUGUCUGAAUAUCUAAUCUGAAUAUUGUAGUCUGAGUAUCUCAUGGAGUAUUAUGUACAUGCAAACGAGCAUAUUGCUGUGUACCCUCCUGUGCCGCCAUACACAAGUACUACUUAUCAUGUGACUAAGUGCUAGAUGACUUUAUGGAGAUGUGAGUCCAUUUGGGGAAAGUGAGAACAAGUCUGAAUGCUUUUUAUAAAUGUGCAACUUAGGAUAUAUUUUAUAGCUCUGUAUGUUAACCUUGUAGAGCUACGUUCCGAUUUUUUAUAUAUCAUACCACACUUAUGAAUUCUUUCAAAUCAAAGACCAAAAUAGAAAAAAAAAAGAAAACAGUGAUGAUUGACUGGGAUGGGUGUAGCGACAAGGUAGAGAAAUGUGAUGGAUUUAGUUUCAUUUCAGUGUUUAGCAAAUGCCAUGUUUGUUUUUGUUUUGUUUUUUUCCCACAUUUUUACUGUAUUUUUCUUCCCCCUCUUUUGAAUUUGACAUAAUCCCUCUCAACACUGGCUAACAGCGACUCCAGUCUCCCAUCAGGGUGGAAUACAAACUCUAUCAAUCAGCCACAGCAACAGCUGCAUCUGACAAGUCCCUGUCCAACACCCUAAUGCCUUCCAACUGUCUGUGAAGACCCCUCCCUGUCUGCUGUUUAUCGUGUAGCCCCACCACACCCCCACCCACCCACCGCCCGUUCCAACCAACACUGCCCUCCACUCCAGCUCCACUCCCUGUCCCUAUUAUAUCUCUGCGGGGUUUUUUUAAAAUUUUUUAUCCCAAAUGCCAUCUUUCAGCCCGGCUGCCCUCGUGUGGACUCCACACUUCCAAAAAUCGUAUUCAUUGUGCCACAGGUGUGUGGUUGUUCCCGGGAUGUGCUUUAACAAUGGAUGACGUUCACACCUUCUCCUCGCGUGCUUUGUAUUUUCGUUGUUGUUGUUUCGCUCAGUAUUUUGUCAGGUUUUUAGAGAUUCAGUCAUGUUUUAUACCUGACAUUAGAUCUGCCAGGUUUUUGUUGUUUUUUUUUUUACAAUCUGAGGGAUCGAUGCAUUCUGUCGCUUGAAUGCAAAAUAAAUCUGUUGACUAGAAGAGGUUCUAACAAUGUCGGACUUUGCAUAUCAUCUGCUGACACAUAGGUUUUGAAACAUUCGCUACAGUUUUUUUUUUCUUUUUUUUUUCUUUUUUCAAUCAUGCGUUUUGUCUAAAAUGGCAAUUAAAGUUUUAAAAAUCCAAA